AUGGCCGUGAACGUCGGGGACGAGGAAUCUGAGCGCCGAGUCGUCCUCACCCAGUCUCGACCAGUACUGAAGAUCGGACGCUCAAGCAAUCGUUCUUCCUUGGGCCUGACCCCAAUGCUCAACAACGGAUACUUCGACUCCCCCGUCAUGAGUCGAGACCACGCCGAAAUCAUAGCAGACAUUCCCGCUCAUGUCAUCAGAAUUCGUGACGCAGGCUCUAUGCAUGGGACAUAUCUCAACAACGAACCACUCGAGUCCGAGGAUGGCCGGCCUCUUGUUGCCGGUGAUAAGGUCACCUUUGGCGUGCCGGUCUACCGAAACCAGAAGACCUUCCAGCCUGCUAUCGUGACAGUUGGCAUGGAAUUCCAAAAUGCUGGGCAAGCGGAUCACUCCCCAAGCCGAGUCUUCACCGUUCCGGACGACUGCUCGACUGACGAGAAUGAGCCUUUGGAUGAUAACGCACCUCAGAAAAUCCCUACCUACAUUUCUGAGCAGGAGAUUAAUCCUUGGCGGGAAGAGAUGGACGAAGAUCAUCCAGAGGUGCGCCAAGUUGAUGGUGUCAUCGAAAUUGAUUCUGAGUCCGAGUCCGAUGCUCCUCUACAUGACUGCAUCUCCAUUACCUCAAGCGAUGAUGAUCACUUCACUGCGGAUGUCGCGGACCUGACAAUGGGAUAUCAGGACGAUGACGAGUCAAUAAGCUUGACGGAUGAUGAGCAAGGAAGCACUGCACCGGCCAGUCUCAUGGACUCUAUCGAUCUUGACAGCCCUGGUCCACCGAUGAAAAAGAUACCUCGCUCGCCAUCCUGGAAUAGUGUGUCCACGGAUUCAUAUAGUGAACAUGCGGAAGAGCCACCUCAAUCAGACCAUAAUUCCGAAGAUGAGCAAGGCGUCUUCCUAUAUGACUCGGAGUCCGAGGAGAUGGAUGAAGUUGAUCCCAUCGAUGUUGACUUCGAUUCUUGCUCGGAACCAGCCAACAAUCAAGGCCAGUUUGUGCCAUCACAUCCAAUUCAUCUGUCGCACCCAGGUCCUUCAGGUCAUCCCGUCCUACCAUCAAUCUCCACAGCGGUCUUCUCUUUGCCGUACAUCCCGGAGACGCCGUUUGGUUAUCAACUCGCCCCAGUAAUGCAGCAAGCGCCGCGUCACCCAAGCCCGUCGGAUGCCGUUCUGCCGGUCAGCCGUCGUCACCACGGGUCCGAGGACGAUUGUGGCGUCACGGUGGAGAGCUCGGGACGCAAGAGCGAAAAAGCUGAUGUCUUCGAAGCCCGGGAAGAAAACAAAAUCAGCAUGGCUCGUUCUAGCGCGUUACUCGCUACGGAACCUAACUCGGUUGUAGAAGCAUCCUCAAAGACGGCUAUUGAGGAGAGCACAUUCCGUCCUCUGACCGAGAAUCUAUGCCCUUGCCCUGCAUCUUCAUCCACAGAGGUUGGAAAGCCAUCUGAUUCUGCACCAUUCAAGGAUGCUUUCCCAACAGCAAGCCCACAGCCUGCAGCUUAUCUUGCUUCCGUAUCACAUAUUUCUAAGGGACCCGAGGAGAGUCAAGGCAGCCGAGGAUCAGAAGAUUUGAGGAGUCCCUACGGCCACGCUUUACUGAAUUCCGGUGAGGCCUUCUUGAACGCACCUCUCGAGGAGACUUUCGAGGUGAACCUCAAAUCUCCGGAAGCCGUCGAUCUUGGAUGGACAGCAGCUUCUGCCGAGGAAUUGUUCCAAAUGAAGCAGUUGGCCCAGAUUCGACCAGACAAGGCGUCGGGGUCUUCGAAUCCUCAGGAUGCACCUGUCAUUACCGAACGCACAAAGGAGGCAAGUGGGUAUAUCAACAAGCGCAAACGCAGGGCUGUCGACAUUUCGGAGGCGACUGACCAGGAACUAUUGUGGCAUGAGCAAUCGCCUGCCACCCAUGAGCUCGCGCCUAGAACCCCUUCCAUCGCGGAGCCAGAGAUCGAGACCGACUUGUCGAAACUCUCGUUCCACGCCACACCAGAGCAGGAACCCACUGCGGCAAGGCCAACAAAGAUGAGGAAAAUUGCUGAGAGGAUGGGGUACGCUGCCCUUGGUGGCGCCACUGUCGGUGCGAUGGUUCUGACGUCGUUAAUCUACACUGCGCCGAACUUUGCCUGA